AGCCAUGGCCUCUCUUCCAGAACUUCCAAAAGACGAUCCCAGAGCCGAUUCAGAAGAGGCUGCCAAAGCAUGCGGGUGGCAGAAUGUGAAUAGCAGAGGCUACUCCAUAUUAGAGAAGCCGCAUGGACUGCCUCAGCGCAAGCGAGUUGUUGUUAUCGGCGCUGGAGCAACCGGUAUAUGCUUUUCCAAGUUCUCCGAGGCUCUCGCGAACCUCGAUUUGCAAAUCUACGAGAAAAACGACGAGGUCUCAGGCACGUGGUGGGAGAAUAGGUAUCCUGGCUGCGCGUGCGACAUUCCGUCUCACAUUUAUCAAUUCAAUUGGGCCAUGAAUCCAAACUGGUCGCACUAUUACUCCGAUGCUCGCGAAAUCUUCGAAUACUUCAAAGGCGUGGUGGACACUCACGGGCUCCGCAAGUAUAUCAAGCUGCAGCAUCAAGUUAUUCGGGCAAGCUGGAAUUCGGAGACCACGAAAUGGGAAGUCCAGGUCCAGAGACCGGACGGGACAGUCUUCGAAGAUCAGUGUGACUUCUUGGUCAACGCUUGCGGCCUGUUGAAUAACUGGAAGUGGCCGAGCAUCAAUGGUCUUCAUAGCUUCAAGGGUAAGCUACUCCAUUCGGCCGCUUAUGACGAAUCGACUGUCCUUGACGGGAAAAGGGUGGCCGUCUUAGGGGCAGGCUCAUCGGGUGUCCAGAUCGUGGCCAAAAUUCAACCGAUCGUUAAGCAGCUAUACACUUGGAUUCGGUCUCCUAUCUGGAUCAGUGCUGGAUUCGCUUCCCGAUUUGCCGGUCCGAACGGUCGAAAUUUCAAGUAUGGCGAGGACAUCAAAAGGAAAUUUGCAGAGGAUCCUGUCAAGCAACUUCGCUAUGUCAAAAUGCUAGAUGCUGAGCUUGGCCAACGCUUCUACUUCAACUUCAUCAACACUAAGGACGCGCAAAUGGCAAAGGACUUCUCCCGCAAACAGAUGGAGGAGAAGUUGAAGGAUCGGCCAGAUCUAAUUGAGAGGAUAAUUCCCACCGCGUAUGGACCCGGAUGCCGUCGACCGACCCCCGGAAACGGGUACCUCGAAGCCCUCAUGGAGCCCAAUGUGACGGUUUAUACCUCGGACGUUCAGCAGAUCACCCCAUCGGGAUUUAUCGACAGUGAUGGCAAUGAACACGAAGUCGACAUUAUUAUCUGCGCAACGGGCUUCGAUACAUCCUAUGUCCCACGGUUCCCGGUCCUCGCGAACGGCAAAGACCUGAGACAGGAAUGGGCUGAAGAUCCCGUGUCCUAUUUUUCCGUCAUGAUCCCGGAUUUCCCAAACUACUUUCUCUCGAUUGGGCCGUACAGUGCGACGAACGGUUCACUCCUCCCCCCUAUUGAGCACGGGUGCAAAUACAUGCUCAAAAUUAUAGAAAAAUGUCAGAUGGAACAUAUCCGUUCGAUCGCCCCCAAGGCCGACGUCACGGCCGAGUUUCGGGAGCACUCGGACUUGUUCCUGAAGAGAACGGUGUGGAAUCAGAAAUGUCGAAGCUGGUACAAGGGUGGAACUAUCGAUGGGCUCCCGCGCCUCUACCCUGCGUCAAGAGCACAUUUUGUGGAAACCAUGCAGCCGCGGUACGAAGACUUUGAGAUCAAGUAUGAAAGCUCCAACAGAUUCCAUUUCUGGGGCAACGGAUUCACGGUUCGGGAGCUCGACGGACGCGAUCCGACAUGGUAUCUUGGUGUUGUAGAUGGCGAGGACAAACAACCAGAUUAUACAGAGGAUGAAAAGGCCGUCCUCUUCUCCGCGACAGGUGACAAUUAA